AAAUAUUAAAAUUCCAACGGCACUUUUCAACGGAUUUAAAGUGCUUGAUAACACAAAAUUCUAAUCUGUUUACACACUGCUGUAAUGGUACUUCAUUUGUGAUCAAAAUUAUACCUCACAACUUAUCAACGAUAAAUGACGAAACAUAUGGCCAACAAAGUUACAGAUGUUAUCACGGAUGAAUGAUAUUGUUGUUGGUUCACUCACUGAAUACGUAUACAUAAGAGGUAGUGUUCAUCAAACUAUGAAGAUGAGAAAAAAUGGGAAAUAAGUUGAGUCAGGCUCAUGUUAUUACGCUAUCAGUUUUGGCAGUUGCUUUGGCUUUGUUAUUUGUAUUUCUUGUAAAGAUCACAGAAAAACAAGUCUGUAUAAACAGAAGAAAAAAGCACCGUAAAAGAACACUUCAGUUUCAGAAUCAAAGAUAUAAUAUUGUUGUCAUUCCUCAUUUUCCAUUUGGGACAAUGGUUGAAUCAUUCGUUCAACCGGAGACAUUUUCUUCCCUACCUGAGGUCAUUGAAGUGGAUGAAUAUAAAAAGGAAGACAGUGAUUGCGCUGGAACCUUGUACUUUAAACUGCGCUAUGAUCUAAUAAAAAAUACCCUUUUUGUGGAAAUGCUCGAAUUACGAAAUCUACGAAACAUCUUUAAUGAUGACAUAAACGUCUAUUUCAUCGUCAAUUUAUGUCCACUGAAUCAGAAAUCGUUUCGAUCUUGCGUUUACAAAACAUUCUCUCCAAGUCUAAACGAAAGAUUUGAAUUUUUCAUUCCAUUCACCCAUGUGUUGUUUCAACAAUUGAAUUUUGCCCUAUGGAGAUUUGAUCGCUUCUCUCAUCAUGAAAUAAUCGCAAAGACAUCUCUUCAGUUAGAAGAAUUUAAAAAAUAUGGUCUGAUGAUAUCUCGGGAGAUUUCGCUUGCAAAAAUAUUAAAAAUUGUAAAGAAGGCAAGCUAGUGAUUCUGACCAUGCAGCUAAAAAUGGCAGGAAGAAGUCAAAAAAGUUGUUUGAAAAUAUUAUAUUAAAAAUAUUGUAUUAAAAUCAUUUUUAUUUCAUCUGCUUCGGAGAAGAUUUUUCGAAGGCUUGCGCCAUACUGACCUAGCAUUCAAAAACAUUUUUAACGAAAAAAUAAAAUUUAAAUUUUGUCAUCUUGAA